UUAGCAUGGAAUGGAAUCAGGAGGAACAAGCAUGGACAUCUGAUGACAGAUCCUCCAAAGAUGUCACCGAUGCAACUCCAUCUACACCACUGGAAGCCAAUAGUAGCUACAAGGAUGACUCCAGAUGUAUAGCAGUGGAAGCAGAUAUGCCUGUGGACUGGAACGCAGAUGAAUACAACAUGCAGCAUAAACGGAGGGGCCAUGCUGUCAUUUUUAACCAUGACAUGUUUGAAACAAGAAAUUAUGCACCUAGAGAAGGAUCUCACAUUGAUGUUGAAAACUUACGAGAAGCCUUCAGUUCCCUUCUAUUUGAUGUCACCAUUCAUAACAACCUGGAGUAUUCAAAGAUCAAAAAAGUUAUAACUGCAUUGGCUGAGGAAGACCACUCAGAUGCUGACUGCAUAGCAGUGAUAGUACUGACACAUGGAGAAGAGAAUGGACUUCUUGUACCUCGAGACAGCAGCAUAUUCUACAGUGUGGAUAUACUCUGGAAACCUUUUACAGCUGACAAGUGUCCUACAUUGGCUGGAAAGCCCAAACUUUUCUUCAUACAGGCAUGUCGGGGAAGGGAGCUGGAUGCAGGAAUCAAGAUGAAACAACAAAGAGGUACACGGACAGAGUUUGAUUCCAGCCCAUCCCCAUACAAGAUCCCAACUCAUGCUGAUUUUCUAAUUGCAUAUAGCACUAUGGAAGGCUUCUAUUCAUUUCGUAAUCUGGACACAGGAACUUGGUUCAUCCAGUCUCUCUGCAAGGAGCUAAAUUCAACUGAUAAUUUGCUACAGAUACUAACAAGGACAACCCGGCGUGUCACACAGUUGGAAUCAGACAGCAAUGUGAAGCAGUUCCACAAACAAAAACAAGUUCCAUCCAUUACCUCCAUGUUGACACGAGACCUUCACUUUCAUCCUAAAAGCUGAAAGCCAGUGAAAGAUCUCCAACUGCAGAAUAAGAUCUAUAAUAAUUUUAAAAACUUUUAACCUCCGCUAUGAAGUGGUUUUAACUCUUCAGUUAUGUUGGUGUCCAGUACAAUGUAAAGUAAAUAAAUGUUAAUGAACAUUGAGGAUAAUACCUGAUUAGGUACUGAAGUACGUGCAUAAAUCAAAAGACAAAACCCUGAAAACAGAAAACAGAAAAAUUAAUAUUUAAAAUAGGAAAGUUUCACAUUCUAGAACAUCCUGCCAAUGUGUUUUGUGUGGCUCAUUUACAUUUUUGUAGUAACAUAUUGCUAUGUAUAAUGAAGAAACAGUAGUUACCACUUAAAUUAAAAAUUUAAUUCAGUCAGUAAUUAAUAAAAAUAAGAAAACAACAAAUUUGUUAAAGAAAUUUAGUGAGUAAUUGUGAACCUGUCUGUGACAAUAUGUUAGUAGAAUUUCAAUAAACUACCAUAACAUUUCAA